AUGGCGGCCGCCGUGUCCGUUAAUGCUGCUGCCAGAGAGGAGAAAUCUUAUGCUGGGCCCAAUUUCUCUGCCCGUCCACUUUACGAAAACUAUGACCAGGUAGUCGACCAGGGGGAUUGGGUGGUGGGAGAAUGCAGAGAAACCGAUGUGGACCACCGUGAUGAAAAUGCAUCCCCGGGUAGCGACUGCCAACGAAGGGUCGAGGAUGAACUGACGGCGCUUUGCCCUGAGGAGAUUGAGAGGCGUUUGGAAAGAACUCGAAGAGAAUUUUAUAAUCGUCGGAAAAUAAUAAUUAAGAAUUUGCCUGCCGAUAUCACCAACCAGGAAGUGCACGAGCUGUUAAGCAACUAUGACCUGAAGUACUGCUUUGUGGACAAAUACAAAGGAACAGCGUUUGUCACACUCCUUAACGGUGAACAGGCCCAGUGUGCCAUUAAAGAGUUCCACCAGUAUGCCCUCCGUGACCGGGAGAUCUCUGUGCAGCUGCAGCCGACGGACGCGCUGCUCUGCAUCGCCAACCUGCCCCGGGCUUUCACCCAGCAGCAGUUCGAGGAGCUGGUGCGCCCGUUUGGGAACCUGGAACGCUGUUUCCUGGUGCACAGCUCCACCACUGGCCAUUCCAAGGGCUAUGGCUUUGUUGAGUACAUGAAGAAGGACUCGGCGGCGCGGGCCAAGUCGGAGCUUUUGGGUAAGCAGCUGGGCUCGCGGAUGCUCUACGUGCACUGGACCGAGGUCGGCUCGCUGACUUAUCCCAUGCUGCACUCGCGUUGCCUCUGUGUGGACCGCCUGCCCCAAAGCCUCCUCAGCGCCCAGGAUUUACGCAACGCUCUGGCUGACACGCACGCUCCAGUCUUCUGCCAGCUCGCCCAGGGUCAGGACGGAAGUUUCCGUCGGUUUGCGGUGCUGGAGUUCCCCACGGCGGAGAUGGCGGAGGAGGUGCAGCGGUCAACAGAUGGAAGGGUCCUGGGCGGCACUCGCAUGCGUGUCUCCUUCUGUGCCCCCGGGCUUCCCGGCAGGAGCAUGCUAGCGGCUCUCAUUGCGGCGCAAACUAUGGCUUUGAAUAGAGGGAAGGGUCUCCUUCCAGAUCCUACCGCACUGCAGAUCCUAACUGGCCUGAGUAACCCCGCAACCCUCAAGAUGCUGCUCACUCCCCUUCACCAAGGCCGUAAACAAGGUCUCCUCGGGGCAGCCCCAGCUCUGCCUCUUCUGACUAACCCCGCUCUCUCUGCCGCACUGGUCCAGCUGCUGCUCCAGAAUCAAGCCCAGGUACAACAGCAAGCUCUUUUAGGUAAUCCCCUUCUUUGGGCACAAGUCCUGCACAAUAAAGAGAAUCGGAUACUUCCCUGUACUGGAUUCCUGGGAGAAACCCCUCUGGGCCCCCUGUCUCUUCAGCAGGGAGCUAACAUUCUUGGAGAUCUACCUCAAGGUGGCAUGGCUCCAGCCCUCGGCCUUCAGACGGAUCCUCUGGGGCCCAUCAAACCCCCCAGCCUGGGCCGAUCACUGGGGAGAGAGCCAGAGUCGCCCACCACGCCAUGCAGUUUCCCCCCCACCUCCUCUGCUAUUCUACAGGGCCUGAACAUGCCUGUCCUGGGGGGUCUGCUAGGAGGAGAAGGACCCACUCUGCCAGGGGGAUCAAUUUUGGGGGAUCCUCCUAAAGAAGUUGGGGUGUCCCAGAACCCCUUUCUCAACGCUCCUAGUAUAUUCCCCUCAUCAGGGGCCAGUUCCAGACCACACCCAUACAGGAAGAGGCCAACGCUAGGCAACAUGUCGAACCAGCGCAGCGGCCAAAGUUACCACUCUAAUUACAGCCUGCGUUACCAAGACUCCUAUUCCCCUGACUACCCACCUUUACAUCAGGACCCCCUUUCUCAUCUGUAUGAGCAGCAGGAGACUCUGGAGAACGCAGCACUCCCUGGCUACGGGGUGCAGCAUUCAGGUUACAGUGAGAGGCCAUCUCCGUUCAGCUACCCACCAAGCCCCCCCCGCUCCUCUUACUUCAGCUUCGGAGCCCCAGGCAGCAUCCCCUCCACUCAGCUCAAUAAAGCAGUAGGAAUGCCUCCUGUCGCCCCUUCCAAUCCGUACUUGUCAGCGCCUGGGACAGGAAUGAAGACUCCGAUUGGUGGACAGAAGCGCCUGUUUUCGCGGUUGAUCCCGUCUCCCGAGCCCAGUCCUGAGGGGGGGUAUGUGGGCCAGCACUCUCAGGGCCUGGGGGGCCACUACGCCGACUCCUACCUAAAACGCAAGCGCAUUUUUUAA